GUCGAGUUUACUGUACUCGACUUCCCUGUUGCAGUAAAAACAUUAUAUGAAAGUCGAGUACCUUAUACUCGUCUUCCAGGUUAGGUUUAAAGUUAUAAUCAGGGUAAAAAGGGGAAUCCGACUUUGCUGUAAUCGACUUCACUCGCCUACUCUCUUCGAUAAACGUCUCUCUCUCUCCGGUGUCUCUCUCCGGUGUCCCUUUCCGUCCAUCAUUUUCCAACUCAACCAGCAGCAUGAUGAUAAAUCCUGGACCCAUUGAUGAUAGUGUAUUGACGGAACAAGUUAAACAUCGAUCUGAGUUACUGUGGAACCCUGGGAGAUAGGAUCCUCCUGGCAUACUGGAUUGUCGAAGUCGCCAUGAAGAAUUGGCACUUCGAGUUCCUAUGGUAGAUGAUCGUGUCCUUGCCAUUGUGAGGUUGCUUGGUCUAGAGGGUCUGCACUUGGUCCCAUCCAUACAGCUUGACCAUGCAUUGAUCACUGCAUUUGUAGAGCGAUGGCGCCCAGAGACCCAUACAUUCCACCUACCACAUGGUGAAAUGACGAUCACAUUGCAAGAUGUGGAAGUUAUCAUGGGGUUGCCCAUCGAGGGUGAGGCAAUGGUUGGGCUCAGUAAAAGAACUUGGACAGAUGUGUGUGCUGAAAUGCUUGGAAUUCAAAUUCCAAAUGGCCCUCAAAGUGUGCUAAAAGGUCAAAGGAUUUUGAUACCCGCACUUGUCGAAAGAAUCAGACAACCACUGCCUCUGGAUGCCAAUGAGAUUCAAGUUCAACAAUACGCUCGCUGCUAUAUCCUAGCCCUACUAGGGAAUAUGGUAUUUAUUGACAAGUCCGGAGAUAGGGUCCAUCUCAUGUGGUUAGAGUUUAUGCAGAACCUUCGUGAUCCACACAAAUAUAGUUGGGGUAGUGCAGCCUUAUCCUGGUUGUACAGACAGCUAUGCAAUGCAACUGACAAAAAGGCAAAGCAGAUUGGAGGACCAUUGAUUUUGGUCCAAUUGUGGAUAUAUAUCAGGUUUCCACAUAUGUCCCCACAGAUGGUGCCCCAACCUGAGGGUGUUUAUGGUCCACCACUACCACCAAUUCCUCUUGCUAUGAAGUGGGCAGGGGCGAUGACUACAAAGAAUGCUCCCACGCAUGUGCUUUCCGCAUAUCGCAAUCAAAUUGCUACGACACGACCCAACCAGGUUAAGUGGGAGCCAUAUGGACAUGACUUAAGCCACCUUCCUCCUAGUUUUUGCAUUGAAGGAAGUAGCGUAUGGAAGUCGACCGUUCCACUUAUAUGUUUUUGGCUUGUAGAGUUCCACCUACCCGAUCGUGUCCUACGACAGUUUGGGCUACAACAGGAACAACCCAGAGAUGCUAAUACCAAUCGCGAUUUGCACAAAAUAGAUGCGAGGGGCAAGGUAGAGAAAAAUUGGUCGAUGAUACAUGCAGUCCAUAUUCAGAAGUGGAAUGAUCGUGACGAGUACGUUUGUAAUGCACUCAGGAUGGAGGGGGUGAUAUCAUGUCAUCAUCCAUAUAUGGUGUGGUAUCGUAGGAUCACUCGACUGUAUAUCGACCGUGCUAGCGCUAAGAUGGAAAUUUUGCUUGCAACCCAACUGGCUGUCCUCAACUGGUUUAGUGAAGAAUCUUACGAAUACAAGUUCAUUAAGAAGGCCCUUGAGGAGGUGGAUGAGGUUGAUCGUAUUGAUGUGCCAGUCAAUGACGAAGUAGCAAACCAUACUGAAAUACCAGAUAUAGGGCCCAGUACGAGCUCAGUUGCUCCAGUGACAUGUCAUCAACCUGCCCCCACCCCUCCUUUGGCCACUGAGACCCCUGUUCCACCCGUGUCCACCCCUUAGGGCACAACCGGGCCUCCCAUGCCACCCAUCCCUCCCAUUGACAUUGGAUCUUCCUCGCGUUUUACCCAUACUGAAUUCGAGUCCUUCCCACACACCACCACCGUUGACCACAACUCACCCAUGGCCCCGUCCUAUAGCUCCCCCCAGACAGUUAUACCUACCCCUAGCCUUCAAACACCCCAUGUUGAGUUCAUGUCUACCAGCCCAAGUCAUACACAAUCACCUCAUACUUCCUCUACCUUGAUACAUGUUCCACAAGCCACGCAUCCACAUGACAGUGACAUUGAGCAGGGGCAACGUGACCAAGUUGAGCAGCCACAGGAUGCAAAUGCUCAUGCUGCACCCAAACGGAAAUCGACUCGCACCAUCCAACCAAGGAGAUGCGGCACAGGUUCCCAUCUGGUAACUGAGCAUGUUCCGGCCAAGCAGUACACUAGACGCAAUCAGAAAAAAAGUAAACGCGGAGAGGGUGCAGCCUAAUAUGUUAAAAUCCUAUAAGGGCUGUUGCAGUCUUAUUGUUAAUGCUAAUGGACAAUUUUGUGGGGUAGCUGAAAUGCAAAUUACUGGCAGCAAGAUAGAUGGGGUGGGCAGCAAGAAUAUGCAUCUGGGCAUUAUAGGAGUUAUUUGAUUUGUAUAGCAAAUUUUUUUAGAUUUUGUAUUGGAGGAUAUAUGGUGUUG